GCUUCAGUUCUUCUUUUUCUCCCAAACUCGGUGGUUGCUGAAAUUUUUUCUAUAAGUUAACAACAAAAAAUGGUGGCUGAUAACUCGGAAAAAUCAACGAAAUCCGUUGCCAAUGGAUCAUUGAUCAGCACUGUUUCCAGUAAAGAUGAUCUUCCAAAUGCAAUUAUUGUGACUCAAGUACCAGAAGAUGUAUUCGAUAAUAAACAAGACAAGGCAAACUUCUCAUCUCUAUUCACACAAAUCGAGAAAGACAUUCAUUUCGAUUUCCUGCGCAGCUUCCGACGAGUUCGAGUAAUUUUCAGCUCCCCCGAAAACGCUACAGCCGCCAAACUUAUCGUUCAAGGAUUCUCUUUUAAAGGGCACGAGUUGAAAGCUUUUUUUGCACAAAGGAUCUACAUGAGUGCCAAUUCCCAAAUGCUUUCCCCCCCACCACUCGAAAAACAGUUUUUAAUUUCACCACCAUGUUCUCCACCAGUCGGAUGGGAGCAGACUAAAGAUAUGCCACCGGUUGUAUGCAAUUUUGAUUUAAUGGCCAGACUUGCGUCAUUUGCUAUCGAUGAAAAAUAUGAAGUACACAAUGGAGACGAGCUGACACCAGCAAUCAUUGUUCAUCCAUGCGAGACCCCAAUUGACGUACCAUCAGCAAUUGAAAUGCCACGAACUCCACGCCCUUCAUCUCCAUGUGAACAGUAAUUAUCUUGGAUAUCCCUUUCCUUCUCAUUCUUCUUGUUAUUCAUUUUUCUCUUCCAGCUUUACAAUCAUCCUCAUUCUAUUUGUGUUGCACUCCUUCUUCUCCAAUUUUUUCAUUUUUUCCUUGUUUCAACUUCAAUCCGCAGAGCUUAUUCUGCCGCGGGUAGACGUGUCUCUUCCUAAUCCAACAAUCCACUUAUUUUUGCUGAUAUUUUGUUUUUGUAAAUAUAUCCCAAAAAUUGUUUACCACCCAAUACUUACUAUAUAUUCCUUUUUAUGGAAUGAAUCUUCAAAAUGAAAAAAAAAGAAAAUAAUGCAAAUAAAUUAUUUGUAUUUAAAA